ACCGGGACCCGGCCGGCCGGAGUCCCCAGCUUGGGUGAAGGUGGGCAGAGGUGGGCGUCCCCCACACGCCCAUCCCGGGCGUGGGGGGUCAGUGGCGUCCAGCGAAGACCCAGGAUGCCAGGCUGGGCCAACCGGCUGGCCGGCCGUCUCUGCCCCCGGCCGCUGACCGUCCUGCUGACGACCCUGCUGUUGACCCCGGGGUCCCUGCUGACCCCGACGCUGCCGGGCCCCCCAAGGCCCCGAGUGCAGGUGGAGUUCGACCCCCGGAGGAUGGAGCUGCGCUGGGCGUGUCGGGAGAAGGCGGAGUACGAGCACCUCGCCUGUGAGAUGCAGCACCCGGAGUUGGGGCCCGUGACCCUGAAGCCCAGCGUCCUCUCGCCCUGGGACUCGCCUGCGUCUCCGCCCAAGCCGGGCACCUGCGGCUGCACCUUUCGGCUCUGCCCGCUGCGCGACGGCGUGCAGUUCACGGUCCGCGGGACCCUGCGGGAGACCCCCGUGCAGGAAGGCCUGAGCUACGGCAACCCAGGGGCGGAGGGCACGGCCGCCCGAAACUUCUCCUGCCUCAUCUACGGGGCAGAGUUCAUGAACUGCACGUGGCUGAGAGGUCGCGCGGCCCCCGAGGACGUCCAAUAUUUCCUGUAUCUCCGUGAUACCAAGACGAGGCGGGAGAGGCCGUGCCCCAGUUACCUGCAGGAAUCGGGGAGGCACGUGGGCUGCCACCUCCGCAGCGUCUCGGACCUGACGACCUACACCUACUUCCUGGUCAACGGCAGCAGCUCUCGCACCCAGAUCCGCUUCUUCGACACCCUCUUGUGGCUCAAGAAAAUCGAAGUCUACGACCCGCCCCGGAACAUCUCCGUGAACUGCAGUUCCGCGCACUGCCUGGUGCAGUGGCGCAAGCCCAGGACGCGGCGGCCGCAGGGCGACCUGGAGUUCCAGUACCAGAUACGGCUGCGGAGGCCGAGCGAACCCGCCGGGCACACCCAGAUCGACAUCUCAGGGGACGAGGGGAACCAGUACGAGCUGCCGGGACCCCGAGGCCGGCUGAGCCUGCAGAUGAGAAGUGCCAAUGCCCGCCUCGAGCCGGGAGACCCCUGGGGGGUCUGGAGCCACCCGCUGCCCUUCGGCCACGAAGAGCCAGUGUCCAGCCUGGUGUAUGUGUACUUCCCCGUGGUGCUGGGGACCCUGGUGUGUGGCUGCCUCCUCCUGUUUGUGUGUAGCAGAUUCCUGGGGACCUCCACGCUGUUCUCACGCAUCCCGCAAGUCAGAGAUAAGUUGAACGAUGGCCAGGAGGUGGACCAGCAGGUCCCCUGGGAGAAGUGUCUGGCCACGGACGGGAAGACGGACAGUGAGCACGUGCUCGUGGUGACCCUUGCAGGAGGAGACGCAGACCCCGCCGUGCCCGGGCGGACCACCAGAGGGCUGACUCCCGUCGGCUCUGAAGACCAGCUGAGUUGCGAUGCUUUUGACUUUGGUUAUUAUUAUCUUUUUUUAAGAAAGCGAUGGUUUUUUUUUUUUACACAAG